AUGACAGUGUCACAAUAUACCAAGAAGUAUGAGGAGUUGUACAAGUAUGGGAAGAAGUAUGCUCCAGAUGAUGAGAGCAAAGCUGAGAAAUACCGAGAUGGUCUACUUCCGAGCAUUUGCAGAAUGGUGAUUGCUUCUAGGGUGCGAACUUAUGAUGAGACGGUGGAUAUGGCACUAGAGUUAGAGCGAGAAGAGCGCAACUUCCGCCAAUAUUGGGAUGUGCAGAAGGGUCGCAAAGUUCAACAAUUAAUGGUAGUGGAGGAGGUUGAUCAAGGCAAAGGUUCGGGGCCAAGGGAUGGUAAGAUUGUGUGUUGCAAGUGCGGCAAGGAGGGCCAUAAGAAGAGUCAGUGCCCUAUUAUGGGAGUCAGGUGUUAUGGGUGUGGUAUGGUUGGUCAUAGGAAAUAUGAGUACCCACAAGGUGGUAGAGCUUCAGAGCAGUCACAGGCACCAGGUUUGCCACCACCAGCUCCUACUCCAGCUCUUCCUUCUACUGUUCCGUCAAGAGGAAGGGGGCGGGGUGGGGCUAAGCAGCAGACAGCAUUGACUCAUGGAAGAGCAUAUGCAUUAGGACACCAUGAAGCAUCUGAGCAUCCUAACUUCAUUGAAGUUAUUGAUUGUGUGUGCCGGUUUGGUAGUGUAGCUCUAAAGGCUGAUUUGUAUGUCUUAGACUUCAAGGAUUUUGAUGUAAUCUUUGGAGUAGAUUGGUUAACCAAGCAUCAUGCAUUGAUGGACUUUUGGGAAAGGAAAGUCACUCUUAAUGUACCAGAAGGAGGGGUGAUACAGUUACACGGGUCGAAGGGUGUUCCAUGUCCUCACUUCAUGGACAAUCCUUUAUAUCAAAAUUGUAGGAUCACGAGUUUGAUUACGUCGGCACCUAGGAGUGAUGUAGCUACUCCGACCCGUGUGGUAGAGGAGUACAUGGAUGUAUUUCCAGAUGAAUUACCCGGAUUACCACCGAAGAGGGAGAUUGAUUUUACUAUUGAAUUGCAUCCAAAUGUUAAGCCAAUUUCGAUUCCACCAUAUCGAAUGGCUCCGGCCGAAUUGAAGGAGUUAAUGACUCAGUUGGAAGAGUUGCAAUACUUGGGGUUUAUUAGACCAAGUGUGCCUCCAUGGGGAGCACCAGUAUUGUUUGUAAAGAAGAAAUAUGGCUCGUUGAGGAUGUGUAUAGAUUAUCGGCAAUUGAAUAAGGUUAUGAAGAGCAUGAGGAACACUUGA